AUACAGCUCUCCUUCCCCCUCUCUCUCUCUAAACUGCAAAUCUAAUCUCCGACUGAAUCCCCGAUCAUUAACUCUCUUCAAGUCUUUUCAAAAUUCGCUUUCUUUGUUUCCUUUUGAUUUGUCAAACACAUUUUGCUAUCUGCUUUUUUCUUGAAUGAGAAAGAUCCGUAACAGGCUACAUGAUUUCAGUGAUCGAUUCCUCGGGAUUCGUGCUGCUUAUUCAAUCUGUAAAUUUCAUUCCCAGUUCCUUAUGUCUUUGUUUAAUUAAAUGCAGCUGUAAUUGCUUAAAUUAUUAAAGAUCUCUGCUAGAUUUUUAUUUUCAUUAGUAAAAGGUACUAGCUUUAGCUUAUCUGUUUAGAAUUUAGUCUUUUUUCUAUUCUGGGUUUUGGUUAUUUUUUAGUUGUUCAAAAUUCUGGUGUUGCAUGCUUAUAGUGUUAAAUUUGGGAACUUGGGUUUAUUUUGUAAUGUGGGUUUUCUUGAGGGUUUGAUUUGAGGAGUUAUAAGAUACUAAAUGAGACGCCGCUCUGCGGCGAGUGUCCCUUUUGAGCAAAUGGAUAAAGGGACUGGUAAAAAUCAACAGAAUAGGCUUUGUUUAUUGGCUUCUCUUUCUGCGUUCUUUUGGAUUUUGUUACUAUACUUCCAUUUUGCUGUAUUAGGGAGUAGUAAUAAUGUUGAUGAAUCUGUUAAGUUAGAGUCUCAUCCGUUGAACACCGAAUCCAAAACCCCUUCCUUUGUUACUGAUGCUCGUUUGGAAAACGCCCCAUCAAAGAAUACCCCUUUAGUAGAUGCCUCGUCUAAAAAUACCCCCAGUAGCAGCAGUAGUGGUAAAAAGGCUGAGAAUUUUCAGUUUAUGAGGGCUUUGAGGACUAUUGAGAAUAAGACUGAUCCAUGUGGUGGAAAGUAUAUUUAUGUCCAUGAUUUGCCUCCUAGGUUCAAUGAAGAUAUGUUGAAGGAAUGUAGGAGUUUGAGUCUUUGGACUAAUAUGUGCAAGUUCACUAGUAAUGCUGGGAUGGGACCCCCAUUGGAGAAUGUUGAAGGGGUAUUUUCCAAUACCGGGUGGUAUGCCACGAAUCAGUUUGCAGUGGAUGUGAUAUUCAGUAAUAGGAUGAAGCAGUAUGAGUGCUUGACAAAUGAUUCUUCCCUUGCUGCGGCAAUUUUUGUGCCAUUCUAUGCAGGGUUUGAUAUUGCAAGGUACCUUUGGGGAUAUAAUAUUUCAACGAGGGAUGCUGCUUCCCUUGAUUUGGUCAAUUGGCUUAUGAAGAGGCCGGAGUGGGGAAUUAUGGGAGGCAGGGAUCAUUUUCUGGUGGCAGGAAGGAUAACAUGGGAUUUUAGGAGGUUAACUGAUGAAGAAGGUGAUUGGGGCAAUAAACUACUGUUUUUGCCAGCUGCUAAGAAUAUGUCAAUGCUUGUGGUUGAAUCGAGUCCAUGGAACGCUAAUGAUUUUGGCAUUCCUUAUCCAACCUAUUUCCAUCCUGCAAAGGAUGAUGAUGUGUUUAUUUGGCAACAGCGAAUGAGGAAUUUAGAAAGAAAAUGGCUUUUCUCUUUUGCUGGGGCACCACGUCCUGACAACCCUAAAUCGAUUAGAGGUCAGAUCAUAGAACAGUGCAAGAAGUCAAAGGUGGGCAAGUUGCUAGAAUGUGACUUUGGGGAGAGCAAAUGCCAUUCUCCAAGCAGUAUAAUGCAGAUGUUUCAGAGCUCCCUUUUCUGCCUACAGCCUCAGGGUGAUUCUUACACACGAAGGUCAGCUUUUGACUCGAUGUUGGCAGGUUGCAUUCCUGUCUUCUUUCAUCCUGGAUCAGCUUACACACAAUAUACUUGGCAUCUUCCAAAGGAUUAUACUACUUAUUCAGUGUUCAUUCCAGAGGAUGAUAUUCGUAAACGAAAUGUUAGCAUAGAGGAAUGUCUUAGUCAGAUUUCUCCUGAGCAGGUGAAGAUCAUGAGGGAGAAUGUGAUUAAUCUCAUUCCAAGGCUUAUAUAUGCAGAUCCUCGUUCAAAAUUGGAGACUCUCAAAGAUGCAUUUGAUGUUGCUGUACAGGCAGUCAUCGACAAAGUCACUAGGUUGAGGAGGAACAUCAUUGAAGGGCGUACAGAAUAUGAUAAUUUUGUGGAAGAGAACAGUUGGAAAUAUGCAUUGUUGGAUGAAGGACAGCGUGAGGUGGGAGGUCAUGAAUGGGAUCCAUUCUUCUCAAAACCGAAGGACGGCAAUGUGGAGUCUGGUGGGUCAUCUGCAGAAGCUGCAAAAAACUCAUGGAAAAAUGAGCAGAGAGAUCAGUGAUGAAUUUCGAGGUGAUGAUGAUAUAGUAAUAUAGAAGAAGUUAGAGCAAAUCUUAAUGCAAAACAAAGACGCUGAACAAGACUCAGCAAAUAUGUCCAACUUCAGUAGGCCAGGUAUGGAUCGUUUGUGAAGAAGGCCUUGCAAGUGAAAUCAUUGUAGAAAUUACCUUAUCCGAGUUCCUUAUUUUAAAUAGAAACAUAAAAAUUACAUUCUCUGCUUGAAGAAUACUUCUAUAGUGGAAAAAUUUUCCCUCA